CCUUCUCCACCAGCUGCUGCCAGCAGAUAACGCCUGGCUGGGGACAUGGAGCCACCCAGACAGCACAUCUCAGUGCCUGGCUGGGGGAACGGGGUGAGCAGAGGAGAAACACGUCCCUGCUUCCAGCUGGGAUCGCUUUGCUGCCUGAGCUGUCUUUCUGGAAGCCGGUUGCUGCUCCGGGCGUCUUCACGGGUGUUGGAGCAGAGCAAGGGAAGCAUCGGAGAGGGAUAUUUUUAGAUGCUCUUUGUGCUCAGAGAGCAAAACCAGGCUGUGGUUUAACGGCCAUUAGCUGCUGGGCAUGUUUGAAGGGCUGAGGAUUCAGGGACACGUUUGACAUGAUGGAAUGGAGCAGCUUUGCAGACGGGACGGCAAUUUUUGGGCUGAGCAUUGAAGUGAAGAUCCCAAGAGGAGCCUGGAUCUGGGCAGCCCAGCCUGUUUAGCUGCCACGCGGGGCCAGGCUGGCUGAUCCCCCAAAAGGACGUGUUCACGUGUUUGUGGGGUGACAUUUGCUCCAGUGGCUGCGGAAGAGGUGCGGGAAAAGAGCGGACAAGAGAUCCGCAUGUCAGACCACAAGGACCCCAGCGAUGGGGAUCCAGAACCCCAGCACGGCAUUACUGUGGUCUUCCUCCUUGUCCUUGUCUUCUUCAUCAUGGGGCUGGUGGGGUUCCUGAUCUGCCACGUCCUGAAGAAGAAGGGUUAUCGGUGCCGGACUUUCCGGGAUGAGCUUGACCCAGAUGACAAAGAAGGGGUGGAGGAGCUCGAGGAUGAUGAGGACAAGAACGAUGACACCGUGGAGAAGAUCGUGAGAUGCAUCAUCCAAAAUGAAGCAAAUGUGGAGGCCCUCAAGGAGAUGCUGGGGGAAACUGAAGGGGACGUGCCAGUGCCAGUGCCCAGCCUGUGUCCCCACAGUAGCAGCCAGGAUGGGGGCCCACCACAUCACCACACGGUACACCUGGGCUCCACGCAGGCCCCCUGCAUCCACUGCAGCAGGAGGAAGAGGCACCCGCUGCAGCGCCAGGGCCGGUCCAAGGAGGGCAAAAGCAGGAUGCAUCCUGGAGAGACCACCGUCUUCUCAGUGGGCAGGUUCCGUGUCACACACAUCGGGAAGAGGCCGCCGGUCCAGGAGCAGCAGGACGGCGCGCUGCCCGCCGGCAGCCGGCAGCCGAGCACGGAGGAGCUGGAGCGCAGCAGCGAGAGGCUGCAGUGGGAACGGGCUCUCAACGGGACUGUCCCCACGGGUGGCCUGCAGAACGGAGCCAUCCAGACGGGCACCCAGAGCACGGGCAGAAGCGCGGAGCAAAGCCUGUCCGCCAGCCCAGCCGUGAACACACCAGCCAGCUCCGGCACCCGUGACAGCCGGCGGGUGGACGUGGGCUCCGGACCGCUGGGCUCUGGCCCGCUGGGCUCUGGCCCGCUGGGCUCUGGCCCGCUGGAGUCUGGCCCGCUGGAGUCUGGCCCGCUGGAGUCUGGCCCACUGGGGUCCGGCCCACUGGGGUCCGGCCCGCUGGAGUCUGGCAGAACCGGGUCCAGCCUGGUGGGGCCUGGCACAGCGGGGUCCCUGAAGGAUGCUGGCUCUGCUCCCGGGAGCUCGAGCCGGCAGCGGAGGCUCAUGAGCAUGCCGGCGCUGGGAGUGUCGAGUCCCAACAUCCCAGGAGAGCUGGCAAGGGAAGGAGCCGGCAUCUGCCUGGAGGAGAUCGGACUGGCGUCGGCAGAUGAAGUGUCGGAUAUCCACGGGAGCCUGAGCCUGCAGGAACAGGCCGAUGAGUUGGGGAGAGACGACAGCAGCAGGAGACAGUCAGGAGGGGAGGACGGGAAGCAGCAGGAGCCCAGCGCCGAGGAGCAGGACCGUGUGUGACGGGGUCGGGAAGUGCCAGCCACAGGCGGUGACUCCGGGAAAUCCCGUUUGCGGGUGGUGGGGAGGUGCUACGGCUGUGGGGACAAGCCCUGUCGUGCCUCUCUCCCCUCAGCUCCUCUCCGCUCCCGGCUGGAGCGUGGACGGGAGGCGUGCAGCCCCUGGACCCCUCGGGGCUGGGGGCUCUGCCGUGGGGCAGCCGCGGGGCAGCCGGCCCCGGGUGGGCAUCUACGCGCUUGGCAUGGCCGGAGCGACGCGCCGGCGUCACCGACAACCGCGCUCGGCGCCAGCCUUCAUCCCAUUGGCAAUAGGUACCCGAGUCCCUCCGCACCCUCCCCGGAGACCCCCCCCGAGGGACCCUCGGGCCUGGCAGGGGCAGGACAGCACCCCGAGCCCGCUGCCCCCGCCGCCCCCCAGCUCCGGGGGAAGGAUCAGAGGGGGCCGCGGUGAGGGGCAGGGAUGGAGGCAGCGGCUUGAGCCCCCCCCGGGGCGGUGGGGAGCACCCACCCAGCCCAGGCACCCGGCACAUUGACCACAGAGCACAGCCCCCCGCCCCCGGGCACGCAGAGCGGGCACAGGCACAAACCCUGCACCGGCAGGUCCCUGGGAGAUGCUGGCGGAGAGAGGAGCUUCCAGCCCCAUCCCGGCACAGGAGGGGCCGGAGCCCGGCCCCGGGGGCACGAUGGCCCCCGGCCAGGCCAGCGGGCAGCCCCGGGGCCCGCGCCAGCUUCGGUGUGUAACGCCCUGUACAUAGACGAGCUACAACCAUUAAAGCUGCUGAACCCCU